AUGCUCGGAUAUCACAAAGCUUUACUUCUUGCUCUGCUGUCGAUCACCCUACCGGCAGCUACCCUCACUAUCGCUGCACCCCCAAUAAUCGAGGCCGAUGCUCUUGUCAUUACACCAACCAUCUCUAGUACGAGUACAGUGGCUGGUGCCCUCCAGCCCCAACAAAAGAAGCGCGAUGCUGUGGAUGCUACGGAGCGUAGAAGAUACAGGCGCGACGAUAUGAAGGCCACGGAGCACAAAUGGUGGAGGCGCGAUGAUGAGAAGGCUACGGAGGGCAGAAGGUACAGGCGCGACGACAUGGAAGCUACGGAGGGCAGAAGGUACAGGCGCGACGAAAUGGAAGCUACGGAGGGCAGAAGGUACAGGCGUGACGACAUGGAGGCUACGGAGGGCAGGAGGUACAGGCGCGACGACAUGGAAGCUACGGAGGGCAGAAGGUACAGGCGUGACGACAUGGAGGCUACGGAGCGCAGAAGGUACUAG